UUCAUUCACAAUUUUUUCAAUUUCUAUUUAGAAACGAAAGUGACAUCGCAAGAUUCGCCCGAGGCAUUGUGUGAAUGCCGCUGACCGAUAAGGUGCUACAUAUUCGUGCAACAAAAUAAAUACUAGAAGUAUGCGAAAAAUAUAUUACUGAUUAUCAAAAAUAACAAAAAAAAAAAAAAACAAGACAAAAUAUAUAGUUGUGUGGUACACUGCAAUUACGAUAUGAUUUAUACUUAGGAUUGUUGUUGUGCCGUAGAAAGUGUUUGUUUGAAAAAAAAAAUAAAAAAUUGCCCAGGAAUAUCAUAUGUAUCCACAUAAAUUAAUCUAAUUACUAAUUAAAGUAAAAAUUCAACAACGCUACAAAAAAAAAAUAAAUAUUAAAAAAAAAUAAAUAAAAAAUCAAAAUGCAAGCGGUCAAGUCUAAAUUCGCGAAAAUGUUAACUGUUUCAAUGCCGAGGAGGACAGUGUUGCAGAACGUCGCAGCUGCUGUUGCUUCUAUGGUGAUAUUGUCAUGGUUACGCCUACGGCCCAUCGGUAUUUUCUUCUUGGCUUUAUUUUUCUUUUGGAUCUACAAGACACGCAGCAAUUUGCGCAUUAUUCCACCACCAGAAUUACAGAAAAAGUACGAAAAUUGCAUAGAUCGGGUUAAGGAAUUGCGAAGGACCAGGCCAACCAUGUUUGCUAUUCUCGCUUCCAUAAGUCUAGGAUGUUUAGCCUUGAUUGGACAUUGCUGUUCGGGCUCUGUGGUAGUUUUAGCUGGUUUGAGCAUUGCAGUCGUCGUAUCCACGAGAUUCACUGUGGAAAAACUCGAUCCGAAAUUCGCUCGAUCAUUGAACACUAUAAACUAUGACUCUGAAGACGAAGAUGCAGAAUUUGUGCCAGAGGUGAAUACGACGAACCUCGCACUGUUAGAGCGUGCAAGCGAUGUUACUUCACACACAUCACCAACUGAAGAUGUCGAAGAUGAGGAUAGAAGUGACGAUAUACCAUCAGAGCUGUUGAUACCAGAUUCAAUACCAGAAAUAAGUGAAAACUCAACAGACGAGGAUGAUGAUCUCAUUCCAGUUGUCAACAUUGAAAAACUGAAUGCCGAUCCACUAACAAUCGCCAGCAAAAUUCACUUCAAAAAAGGGCAUUUUAAAUCUGAUUCGACGCUUUCUACCUCCUCAUCAUCAUCUGAGGAGAGUUUAUCGAAAGGUUUAAAAUUCCCUGACCACGCAAAAAUCGAUGUUGCCGGGCGAAGUAAGCAGCCAAGCGAUAUUGUGGCGGCGGGGGGCAGCGAUCUUGCGUCUUUGGAGCUAAGAUCAACGACACAGUCGCUGAUUGAAAAUAGCGGCACUCUACUGCCCAACCUGGUUGCUGGAUUAAUGCAGUGGGGUGGCAUAAAGAAAGAUAGCAGCAGCGGCGGUAGCAGUACUGUAGACGGAGCUGCUGCGUUAGCCAUUACAGCACCACAAGAACAAGAUGUAACCCUAGAUUCCUCGGACAGCGAGUUUGAGUUCCUGGAAAAGGAAUAAUAUGGACGGACAGCACCAGUAACCAUAUAUCUUAUGUGGUAAAAAGCAUUUGGAUUGAUCCAAAGAAAAUCAUGAAUAUAAUUCGAAAAUUAAAUAACUACAGUUAGGUGGAGCACAUUUAAGAGAAAUGAUCAGUCAGUU